GCCCUAGAGACAGCGAAGGGGCGUGGCCGGAGCUGCGGGGAACUGCGCUGCGGGCAGAGGUGGUGUGUAAACUGAGGUUGGCGCCACCGAACCGGACAUGAGCGGCCCGGAGGGGGACGAGGGGACCCCUGCCCCUGACAGCCGCGGCCUCGGCGAUGCUGACAGUGCCCCGGGGAACCCAGGCCGGCGCCCGCUGCUCGGUGACGGAAGCGCGGCCACCGAGGGCCUCCCGGAGAUCGUGGGGAGCCUGGCGUCCCGGGCUGUCGCGGGGCCUGACCCCCGGAUGCGGGAGGCUGCAGCCGGGCAGGGAGAGACUCCGUCGCCCGCCGAGGGCUCCGCGGCGGCUGCGUUCGUGGCUCCGAAAGACGGGGAGAAGGCCCUAGAAACUCGGGGCGUGGAGGCCGAGGCCCACGAUAUGGAGACUGAACAGGGCACCGUCGACGUGGUAGCGGAAGAGAAGUCCGAAGCGGAGACGCAGGGGAAGGAGAAGGUGAUGGAGGUGGAGCAGAAGCCCGCGGGUGAAGGUACGGAGAUGCUGGCGGCGAGUCGAGGGGUGAGGGAGGUGCAGGAGGAGGCAGGGCUCUGGCACCUGGGCAUAGAUCUUCGCGCGAACCCCCUGGAGGCCAUCCAGCUGGAACUGGACACUGUGAAUGCUCAGGCUGACAGGGCUUUCCAACAUCUGGAGCAGAAGUUUGGACGGAUGCGGCGACACUAUCUCGAACGGAGGAACUACAUCAUUCAGAGUAUCCCAGGCUUCUGGAUGACGGCCUUCCGGAACCACCCCCAGUUGAAAGCCAUGAUUAGGGGCCAGGAUGCGGAGAUGUUAAGGUACGUCACCAACCUGGAGGUGAAGGAACUGAGACACCCUAAGACUGGCUGCAAAUUCAAGUUCUUUUUUCGAAGAAAUCCCUACUUCAGAAACAAGCUGAUUGUCAAGGAAUUUGAAGUGAGAUCUGGCCGAGUGGUGUCUCUUUCUACUCCAAUCAUAUGGCGGAGGGGCCAUGAGCCCCAGUCUUUCAUUCGCAGAAACCAAGAUCUCAUCUGCAGCUUCUUCACCUGGUUUUCAGACCACAGCCUUCCAGAAUCUGACAGAAUCGCCGAAAUUAUCAAAGAGGACCUGUGGCCAGAUCCACUGCAAUACUACCUGUCGCGUGAAGGAAUCCGUAGACCCAGACGUCGCCCAAUAAGGGAGCCAGUGGAGAUUCCCAGGCCCUUUGGCUUCCAGUCAGGUUAACCUUUGCCUUUGAAAAUACAGCUGGAACAGGUCUCUUCCCAGCUGUGCUUGAGAAAAUGCAACGGGUAUGCAGUAUUUUGAUGUUAUUUUAUUUUUUCUUCUGACUUUUCUGCAUCUUCUGUCUGGAUAUUGUCUUGAUCUCAAGAUUAAGACUGGACUGGCUUCUGCAUUCCCUUGGCUCCAUCUGUUCUUCUGUGUUAGUAUCUGCGGCUCACGGCCAUGGCUCAUCCCCUUUUAAAGCUUAAACAAACGACACUGUAUAUUGCACAGCUUUUACGCUGCUUGGACUCUUGUUUUCCGUCGUCACCUGUUUAUUGCCACCAGGAUUUUAUGCUUUGUCUGGAGGCCCUUUCUGUUUACCUGUUCAGUACGUGACAAUAUGGACACAGUGUGCCGACAGUACUGGGCAUUAACGAUGUCGCAGGAGUGGGCCACCUUCUGUGUGGUUUCUGUGACUUUUUCUGCACUACUUUCUAACACCCCUUGCUCUUACUUUUGGCAAUACCAUGCCCCAUUGGCACUUGCCAAGCUACUCAUCCUCACUCUCUUACCUUUCUCCUGUGGUUUUAAAGAAGAAGAAAAAAAAGUUCUGAAAUACCUGCAAGAUCAGAAGUUGUAGUUCAUUUGUACUUGAGCACUUCCUGAGAGGAUGCUCUGUAAAAGAGGCAGCAGAGCUCUGACUGCUUUGUCUCCUCCUCCCCACUCCCCAGCCUGGUUAGCAAGCCUUAACAGGCUUACAGGGAGACAGAACUAGAUGGAAACAGGUGAGAUCUUCCUUACAAUGUAUGGAAGUACUACAGAGAUUGUGAUGGGGCCCUUAAGUAGGGAAAGUGAGCCGAAAAGGCUUAGGAGCAAAAUAAGUCAGAUGAAAAUUGGGCAGAGGAUGAAGACAGGGCUGAGAGCUUUCAAGUCUUAGCUAUUGAUGAUAGAAAGACAAAUACUUUCUCAGGAUUGUAACAGAAAAAUUAUAGGGAGAACUGAGUGUCAAAUGUUGCUUAGACAAUGGUCUUUAAAGAAACAGUGCAAGUUUGGGUUAUUUUCCUCUUUUUACAUGUGACCUGCUGUAAGUGAAAGCAUAAUAUGCCUGUAGUUUACCAAUAUUUAGUAAAAUGCUACUUGUUUCUAUUUACUGGGAGAAUUUAAAGACUUUCUUUUGCAUUCAUUUGAAGCCAUUUGGAAGAACAGUAGUCUUUACAAUACUGAGACUUAAAGGAAUAUUCAUAACAGUUUUCAGUAUUAAUCAAAAUUUAUAGAAAUAUAGUUUGUAUAAUUUGGUCUUUAUCAAAUUUGUCAAAUUAUUGUCUUCUUGGAAAAGUAACUAUGUGACUUAUUGUCUUGACAUUCUUGUCUUAAACUUCAUAGUAGCUGUAAAAAGUAUUCUGUCAUUGGAACUGUACUAUGAGUAUUUUUGUUGCCAUUUGUGUACAUGAUGGUAAAUAAAAGCAUGGCACCUUG